AUGAGCUCAACGUGUGAACUGGACAAGUUUUUGAACACCGACUGGAUAGAAAGCCUCAAGAAAAAUUCAGGUUACCAGUUCACUCCGGGUAUCCUUGCCGAUUUGAUGCCAGCAUUUGAUUUAAAGGUCGUAGCAGUGGAACCAAAAGAACGACAUGCAACUUUGAUGCUUCAGGAUAGUCAGCUCAGCGCUGGCGUUUCCAUGAUGCGUCCAAUGGAGGUGUGCCUUAUCGAGGGUUGUUCGCCAAAGCUCGCCAAAGAGGAAUUCCUAGCCGAGGAAUUCCUCAAGAACUGCUCGCCAAAGCUGGCCCUCUUCAUCAAAGAGCGAACAACCAAAACACUGGCAGAGAUGGCAGACUUGGCCGACCGAUACCUGGAGGCGCAAGGAACGCAGUCGCUUGGGAUGAAGUUGCGGACAAACGGCCACGCGGCCAACUCCUGUCAAGAAGGAUCAAAAGGGCGUUCUCAAGCUUCCUGUUGUGUGGCUGCCGAGCCCACCAAGAAGAAAGAAGUGGUCGUCCAGGACGGAUACGUGGAACUCAAGAACGGUGACCGUCUCCCUGUGGUAAACUCCACGAUAGAGGAGGAGGAAACGAAUUGGACGAAUGGAGUACCCGUGCGAACCGGCAGGGUAGGCACACGCAGUGUCACCGUCCUACGCGACACCGGCUGCAACACGGUAGUCGUUCGGAAGAAUCUCAUCUCGGAAGAGGAGCUCACGGGAUUUUCCAAGGCGGUCUACCUUGCUGAUGGCACCGUUAAGAUGCUGCCGGAGGCGAGGCUGCUGGUGCGGUCUCCAUUCUUCAGUGGGGAGGUGACGGCUCUCUGCAUGGAAAGUCCUCUGUAUGAUAUAAUACUAGGCAACAUGCCGGGCGUUCGAGCAGCGGCAGAUCCCGAUCCCGAAUGGGACGCUGAACCAGCAGCGGAAGAAAGCAGGCCCGAGACCGACGUACGGAACGGAGAACCGACCGUGACGGCGGCGGUUGAAACAAGACUCCAAAAGAAGACGGCUGAACACAAGACCACGGUGCCUACACCGUUGAGAGUAUUGGAGGUUCAGGAGGGAGCAGUUACACCAGAGACUUUGAUGAGUGAACAACAAAACGACUUGAGCCUGAGGUCGUGUUUCCAAAACGUCGGGAAAACUUUGACGGGCAAGAAGCGGAAACACUCCUGCGUGUUUAUGGUGAGAAACGGAAUCCUGUUCCGGUCCUACAGAACGUCAGCCGGAAGAGAAGUUCACCAGUUGGUGGUGCCUAAGAAGUUCAGGACAACCAUCCUUAAAAUGGCGCACGAUGGGAUUCUGGCGGGUCGCCAGGGUGCUCAGAAGACAAUAAACCGAGUGCUCGAAGAAUUCUUCUGGCCUGGCGUCGGAGCAGACGUGAAGCGCUUCGUGAAGUCCUGCGACCGCUGCCAGCGCACGACGCCGAAAGGAAAAGUCCCCAAGAUGCCCCUGGGGAGUAUGCCGCUCAUCGAGACGCCCUUUCAACGCGUGGCCGUCGACAUCGUGGGCACCAUUUCACCGACCACCGAGAGGGGAAACAAGUAUAUUUUAACGAUGGUCGAUUACGCGACGCGGUAUCCAGGUGCUGUGGCGUUGCCCAAUAUCUCCACCGAGCGAGUAGCCGAGGCACUCGUGGAGAUGUUCAUUAGAACUGGGGUUCCCCGAGAUGUGCUCAGUGACUGCGGUUCCAACUUUACGUCGGACGUCAUGAAAGAGGUGGGACGGCUGCUCUCCAUGAGACAACUGUUCACGACGCCUUACCACCCAAUGGGAUACGGCCUCGUAGAGAAAUUCAACGGAACGCUCAAGACCAUGCUGAAGCGGACGAACGUACGAGGUCCCCUCUCUGUACGUAAAGAAUUGUGGACGAAUGAGGCGCUGGAGGAGGAGACCAAGACAACGUAUGAGUAUGUCUUCGAGCUACGCAACGAGCUCGAGGACACCUACCAGAACAAGUUGCUGAUGCAAUGGAAAGGACUAUACCCUGUAGUCGUACAGAAAGGCCCCCUAGACUACGAAGUGGACCUGGGGCAUUUCAUAAAAGUAUUCCACGGCAACAUGCUUAAAAAGUAUGAAGAACGAGCACCUGACGAGGUUCCUGCGGCUUGUACGGUUGUCGCAUUGGAGGAGUCCGAAGGAGAGGGCGGUUUCCCCAUGCUGAGAUUGCAGAGCACCGAAACUGCGAGCGAUGUCGUGUUCGCACCUGGGCUCGGAUCGGGGUGCCGAAAAGAGGCCGAGGCCUUGGUUCAAGGGUACAGGGCCAUCUUCUCCGACGUUCCAGGACGAACCGACCUUAUCAAGUGUCACUUGAAGUUGGAAACGGACACGCCGACAGACCACGAACCUCUCCAGUACAUCAAACAAACCCGGCACGCUAACGCCCGGGUAAUGCGCUGGAGUCUGAAGCUCCAAGAGUAUGAUUUUAAAGUUCAGUAUAUCAAGGAAAGUGAAAAUGUGGGGGCGGACUAUUUGAGUCGUAUGUAA